CCUUGCUUCCCCUUCUCUUCUAUCUUUCUCUUUUCUUGUUUAAUUUCUUUAAAGAUUUAAUCUUUAUAUGAUUUGAUUAUGCAUGAUUUGAUUAUGCAUAUACAUGAUGAAAGAUUGCAAAUUUAUUGAGUUUAUGAUAUACUAAGUACAUAAUUAAUUUUCAGGUUUUAUUAAUUGAGAAAUUAGGGUUUCGAAAUCUUGAUUUUUCGUAGUUUUGGGCUUAAAACGUGAAUGAAUUGAUUUAACUAGCUACUUUGUGGUUAAAUAUGACCCUAACUUUAAUUUUUGAUGAUUAUAAAUGAUUUUCAGUUUUCCAUAAAAGCUGAUUUUGGGUUUAAACUAUUCAAAACUAUAUUUUUAGAGUUCAAAUUAGGUAAUGGGUUGUUAAAAUAGCAUGUAUAAAGUAAAGUGAUGUUCUAAAAUUUGGUACAUAAUCUGAGUUUUAGUUGUCUUAGCAUCUUGUAUUAUGAUGAAUACAAUGGGGUGAUCUACUUAAGCAGAAUAAACCAUAUAUAUUGUUUGAUCUAGAUUACAUUUCACAUGAAUGCACAAGGGCUCUCAACCCAGGAAAUACUUAAUGUUAGGUCACAAAGUAGAAAAAUGACAAUGUUACAAGUGUAGUACACGUUACUUUAAGAGGCCAUCAAAUACUAAAUGAUCUAGCUAAGUCAAUGUAAAAAAGUGAUAUUACACAAGUGAUGACUUUCAUGUAAUUAUCGAUGAAAUUUUAUAUUUAAUUUAUUCUUUGUAGAUGGUUUUCUUUUAAAAAAAAUCUUUUGUUAUACAUAGCCGAAAUAAAGUUGCUCAUGAGUUAGCUCACUUUCAAGUUUUAAGUGUAGAAAAUCGAGCAUAAUUUAUGAAAAAUCAAUAUCCCCGGAAAACAUUAUGGUCUAGCUUCUAAAGCCCCACUAAUACAAUAUCGCGUACAUAUAAAUCUAGUUUCAACUAAUUCAACAACACUUCACUAAUACGGAGUACAACAUUUGUGCUCAUUAUUCUAGCAAAAAGAUUUUCCAUCAGUGUUCUCAAUUUUUUCCCAACAAAAUUGGAUUUUUUCACUUUUACAAAUCGUACUAUGACUUAUCCAUUGGAGCGGCUUCAGAAGUUUCUCAUUUCCAUUGAAGCAGCGUUUAAGAUUACAGAAUGAACCAACAACAGCGUAACUUGAUUUUACAAUCUUCCUCCAACUUCGCACCACCCAAAGGGGUGAGAUUAUUGUAUGGAACAGCAGGGUUUAGAACAGAUGCAACCCUUUUGAGAUCAACAUUGUAUAGGAUUGGAAUCUUGGCUGCUUUAAGAUCCCUUAAAACUCAAUCAUUGAUUGGGUUGAUGAUCACAGCUUCCCAUAAUAAGGUUUCUGAUAAUGGUGUCAAAAUUGCUGAUCCAAAUGGUGGAAUGUUGUCUCAGAAUUGGGAACCCUUUGCUGAUUCUCUUGCUAAUGCUGCUGAUCCUCUUCAACUUCUUCAGCUUAUUGAAGAAUUUGUGAGGAAGGAGAACAUCUCAUUUGACAAUGCCUAUUCAGCAGAGAUCUUGCUAGGAAGGGACACCCGGCCCAGCGGAGAGUCUCUCCUAGAAGCUGCAAAGCAAGGUAUCAGCUCUAUAACUGGUGCAAUUUACCACGAUAUGGGAAUUUUAACCACCCCACAAUUAUAUUGGAUGGUCCGUGCUAGAAACAUGGGUAUGAAUUCAACAGAGCAGGAUUAUAUUGAGCAACUCUCACAUUCCUACGAGUUAAUGUGUUUAGUUGAGUUGAUUCCAGACGGAAUUAAAGGGAGAAAAUCUUAUGAUAAAGUGGUAGUUGAUGGGGCUAAUGGUGUAGGAGGUGAUAAACUUGAAGUUUUGAAAGACAUGUGCGGUGGUCUAUCAAUAGAAUUAAGAAAUUCCAGCAAAGGAGAAGGUAUUCUGAACGAAGGAGUUGGAGCUGAUUUUGUGCAGAAAGAGAAGGUCAUGCCUUCUGGGUUUGGCCCUAAUGAUGUUGGGCUGAGGUGUGCAAGCUUUGAUGGGGAUGCAGAUAGGCUUGUAUACUUUCUUGUGCAACCAGACAGUAAAGCGAUUGACCUUGUUGAUGGGGACAAGAUGCUAUCAUUAUUUGCUCUAUUUAUUAAAGAGCAAUUAGAUGUUCUCAAAGACAUUGAAAUUGAAAAACCAUGCGAACCUUAUCAUCCACGUCUAGGCGUAGUGCAAACUGCCUAUGCUAAUGGGGCAUCAACCGAUUAUCUGAAGAACUUGGGGUUAGAUGUUGUCUUCACUCUGACUGGAGUGAAAUAUUUACAUGAAAAGGCUUCUGAAUAUGAUAUCGGUAUAUACUUUGAAGCAAAUGGCCAUGGCACCAUAUUGUUUUCUGAUAGUGUUCUAUCUUGGUUGGAGGCUAGAAAUAGUGAGCUCUCUUCCUCUUCUACAGGCUCGGAAAAUCAAAAGGCUGUAUUGAGAUUAUUAGCUGCCAGUAAACUAAUCAAUCAGGCUGUUGGUGAUGCUUUGAGUGGAUUGUUAUUGGUAGAAGCCAUCUUACUACAUACAGGAUGGUCAAUUCAGAAAUGGAAUGAACUCUAUAAAGAUCUGCCUAGCAGACAGCUUAAGGUCAAGGUUGUUGACAGAACAGCUGUUGUCACUGCAAAUGCCGAGACUAUAGUUGUACAGCCCGCUGGUAUCCAAGAUGCGAUUGACAGUGCAACUGCAAAGUAUCAUCAUGGACGAUGUUUUAUCCGACCAUCAGGCACAGAGGACGUCAUUCGGGUGUAUGCAGAAGCCACCACCCAAGAAGAGGCAGAUAAUCUAGCUAGUGAUGUAGCAAAGCUCGUAGAUCAGUUCCUUGAAUUGGGCAGCUCUCAUUAAACAAAUUGCCGGCUGGUUUUUGUUGUUGCAGGAUUAGUUAUAACAUGGGAAUUGCCUGCUUGUUUGCCUCAGUCAAUCCCCUUUUUAUAGAUCAACGUCAGGGAUUCUCUUGACAUAUGUAUAACUGAAUUAAUUGUAAGUUUAAAGGUUUUACAGAAACAGGUUUUCCCCUUGAUAACAGAAGUGGCAUUACCAGAUUUUUUUCCUCAAUAAUAAUGGCAUUUUGCUUGCAUAAAAAGCACCAUAUUG